CAGAGCAAAGUCCCUGAGGAAAGGCGUUUUCUUCUGCACUCGGUCCCCUGCGAGGUCCCCUGCACCACUUUUUAUCGGAGCCAUGUGUGAAGAGGAGACAACGGCCUUGGUUUGUGAUAAUGGCUCUGGGCUGUGCAAGGCUGGCUUUGCUGGGGAUGAUGCUCCUCGCGCAGUCUUCCCCUCCAUUGUGGGCCGCCCACGUCACCAGGGCGUGAUGGUGGGGAUGGGGCAGAAAGACAGCUACGUGGGGGACGAGGCCCAAAGCAAGAGAGGAAUCCUGACUCUGAAGUACCCCAUUGAACACGGCAUCAUCACCAACUGGGACGACAUGGAGAAGAUCUGGCACCAUUCCUUCUACAAUGAAUUGCGAGUGGCCCCGGAAGAGCACCCCACGUUGCUCACAGAGGCACCCCUGAACCCCAAGGCAAAUCGAGAGAAGAUGACCCAGAUCAUGUUUGAGACCUUCAAUGUCCCAGCUAUGUACGUUGCCAUCCAGGCAGUGUUGUCUCUUUAUGCAUCUGGCCGAACCACUGGUAUCGUCCUGGACUCUGGUGAUGGCGUCACUCACAAUGUGCCCAUUUACGAAGGUUAUGCCCUGCCUCAUGCAAUUAUGCGCCUGGAUCUGGCUGGCCGGGACCUUACGGACUACCUCAUGAAAAUCCUUACAGAGAGAGGCUACUCUUUUGUCACCACCGCUGAAAGAGAAAUUGUGCGGGACAUCAAGGAGAAGUUGUGCUAUGUCGCCCUGGAUUUUGAGAAUGAGAUGGCAACGGCAGCUUCCUCAUCAUCCCUGGAGAAAAGUUAUGAAUUGCCUGAUGGACAGGUCAUCACCAUUGGCAAUGAGCGGUUCCGUUGCCCUGAAACCCUCUUCCAGCCCUCAUUCAUUGGCAUGGAAUCAGCUGGUAUUCAUGAGACGACAUACAAUUCUAUCAUGAAAUGUGACAUUGACAUCCGCAAGGACCUCUAUGCCAACAAUGUUCUUUCAGGAGGCACCACCAUGUAUCCUGGCAUUGCAGACAGAAUGCAGAAGGAAAUAACUGCCUUGGCUCCCAGCACAAUGAAGAUAAAGAUCAUUGCUCCUCCUGAGCGCAAAUAUUCUGUUUGGAUUGGAGGUUCCAUUCUGGCCUCUCUCUCCACCUUCCAGCAGAUGUGGAUAAGCAAGCCAGAAUAUGAGGAAGCCGGCCCCUCCAUAGUGCACCGGAAGUGCUUCUAAAGAACCAAACCAGAUUAUUCUCGGAUCAGAAGAGUCCUUUCUUCUUUCUUUGCAUUGAGUUCUGAAUCUUGCAAGGAGCAUUAAACACUGUUUUUCAAGCCA